AUGGCACCCAACCAACGUGUUGUCAUCAUCGGCGCCGGAAUCGUGGGCACCAAUAUCGCUGACGAGCUGGUAUCUCGGGGAUGGAACGAUAUCACUGUCGUUGAGCAAGGCCCGCUGGAGAUGCCGGGCGGCUCGACAUCCCAUGCCCCGGGCCUCGUGUUCCAGACUACCCCUUCCAAGACGAUGACCAGCCUCGCUCGCUAUACUAUCGAAAAGCUGCAGUCAAUUGAGAAGGAUGGACAGAACUGCUUUAAUCAGGUUGGUGGUCUCGAGGUCGCGACAACACCGGCUCGACUGGAGGAUCUCAAGCGCAAGCAUGGAUAUGCCUCUUCAUGGGGAAUUGAUGCACACCUCGUGAGCACUGAGGAGUGCCUCAAGAUGUAUCCCCAUCUGAACAAAGAUAUGGUUCUUGGAGGUCUCCACAUCCCUACCGACGGUCUUGCACUUGCUGCUCGUGCGACACAACUGCUCAUUGAGAGGACGAGCAAUGCCGGUGUUCGCUAUCUAGGGUUGACGCCCGUCACUGGCAUUGAGAAAACCGGCCGCCGAGUGACGGGUGUGAUAACCCCCACUGGCACUAUUCCCGCCGAUAUUAUCAUUUCCUGCGCCGGAUUCUGGGGCGUCGAGAUUGGCGCUAUGGUUGGAGUAUCAAUUCCCCUCCUCCCACUGGCACACCAAUACGUGAAGACAACAGAUGUACCGGCUCUUGCAGGACGCGAACUCAACAAUAAGAUGAACGGAAUGAACGCAGCCCUUCCUAUCUUGCGACACCAGGAUCAGGACCUUUACUACCGCGAGCACGGUGGUCAGUAUGGAAUCGGUUACUAUGGUCAUCGCCCUAUGCCGGUCGUUGCUGGAUCAUUAGGACCGACAGGCAAGCAUGUCGACGAAAUGAACAUGCCCUCUCGCCUUGAGUUCACAUCCGAGGACUUCGAUCCCGCCUGGCAGGAGUCUCAGAAGUUGUUGCCCAUUCUACGAGGUACCAAGCUCUCCGAUGGCUUCAACGGCAUUUUCUCAUUUACUCCUGAUGGCGGUCCUGUCUUCGGCCAGGCACCCAAUAUUGAUGGAUUCUGGGUGGCCGAAGCUGUUUGGGUAACACACUCCGCCGGUGUUGCACGAGCCAUGGCAGAGACUUUGACAAACGACCGCUCCACGAUUGAUAUGACCGAGUGCGAACUGUCUCGCUUCGAAGAGAUUCAGUUAAGUCGCUCCUACAUCAACGAAACCUCAGCACAAAACUUCGUUGAGAUUUACGACAUUCUCCACCCGUUGCAACCAAAAGAAUCUCCCCGAAAGCUUCGCACCAGUCCUUUUUAUAGCCGACAGAAGGAGCUCGGCGCUUUCUAUCUCGAGGUUGGCGGCUGGGAACGCCCUCAAUGGUAUGAAGCAAACGCGGAACUGGUCAAGUCCCUUCCAGCGGAGUGGAAGCCUGUCGACCGGGAUGCCUGGUCAGCGCAGUUCUACUCCCCGAUCACUGCAGCAGAAGCUUGGAAGACACGCAAUGCCGUUGCCAUGUUUGACAUGACUACUUUCCAUCGGUUUGAGGUCACAGGUCCCGGGGCUGUUCCUUUGCUCCAAAGGCUGUGCACAGGGGAUGUCAACACCAACACAGGUGUCAUCACCUAUGCUCUUCUCCUUAACGACCAAGGCGGUAUCCGCAGUGACAUCUUCGUAUCAAGACUUGCUGAAGACAAGUUCCAAAUCGGUGCCAACAGCGCAACCGAUCUAGCUUAUCUUACUCGUGAAGCUCGUCGCCAAGGACAAUGGGUCGAGGUUCGCGACUUGACCGGCAGCACCUGUUGCAUUGGUCUCUGGGGUCCUCGGGCGCGAGAUGUUAUCGGUACCAUUACCACGGACGAUUUCUCCAACAAGGGCCUGCCUUAUUUCGGUGUCAAGAACGCCAUUGUCAACGGCAUCCCGGUCACAGCCUUCCGAAAGUCCUAUGUCGGAGAACUCGGCUGGGAAAUACAGACUACCGCGGACUACGGCUCACGGUUGUGGGACACUAUCUACCAGGCAGGCAAGAACCAUGGACUCAUCGCUGCGGGCCGUGGCGCUUUCAACUCUCUGCGUCUGGAGAAGGGUUAUCGAACCUUCGGCGCCGAUAUGACCACAGAGCACAACCCCUACGAAGCUGGAGUCGAAUCUGCCAUCAGAUUCAGCAAGUGGGAGGACUACGUCGGAAGAUCCGCCCUCGAGCGUCUGGCUAAAGAAAAGCGCACUCGUCAUCUGCGCUGCCUGACUGUCAACGAUGGCCGCUCCAUGAUCCUAGGUAAAGAGCCCGUGUUCCACAAUGGCAAGUCUGUUGGCUAUGUCACCAGUGCAGGAUUCGGUUUCACCGUCCGCAAGCCCGUCGCUUAUGCCUGGCUUCCUAGCAAGCUGGGCGAAGGUGAAUUUGUAGAGAUCGAGUACUUCGGCCGUCGCAUCAAGGCCACUGUCACCGCAGAGCCGCUGUACGAUCCCGAUAUGAAGCGCCUCCACGAUGUCGGGCCAGUUGUCGUUUCGGCACCGAUUAGGUCUCGGUUGUAA